AUGACAGACCUAGGGUCCCCUCUCCCAUUCGAGCGCGACUACUACGCGCUCCUCGGGGUCCCACGUGACGCCACGAGCGACGACAUCCGCCGCCACUUCCUCUCCCUCUCCCGCGAGUUCCAUCCUGACCGCCAGCCUCGACGUCACGGCAACGCCGCGCUUGUUGCGGCCGCUAAUGCGCAGUAUGCCGUGCUCGAUCGAGCCUACAAGGUGCUCGUGGACCCAAUCAAGCGGCGCGUGUACGACAUUUAUGGCGAAAAGGGCGUGCAGGCGUUCGAGCAAAAUGGCGCUCUCCAGCAGCAAGUGGUCGGAGCGCACUUCCAGUCGCCGGACCAAGUCCAGCAGUGCGUGGAGAAGAUGCUGUAUCGCAUGAACCAACAGGCGCUAGAGGCGCAGUUUUCGUCGUUUAGUGAAAUGUCCAUGAACGUCGAUGCGUCCGACUUUGUCCAGGCUCCAAUGCAGGGCCUGCGCAGUUUGUUCCACAGUGGAGCGCGGUUCGUGGACCGCACGGAGAUGACGAUUCACCAACGCACAGCGUUUGUGCUGUCGCCGAGUACAACGCUGACGCUCGGAGGUUACAUGUAUGACAAGAAGGGGCUGGGCAUGGGCAGUUUUACGACGCAGGUGACACACACGUCGUCGGACCCGAGCGUUCCGUCGUUCACGGUGACGAGUGAGCUGGGCUGGGCGCCAAAGCUGCACUGCCAAAUCAGCCAGCCCGUGUCGCCGCAGACGGUGUUUAUGCUCAUUCCAGAGCUUGAUGACAAUGGCCUCGAGAUCUCGGUGGGUGCGAACCGGCUGCUGGCACCGCAGCUUCACGGUGCAAUGAUGUGGAGUACGCGUGACGGACUUUCGGGCUCCCUCAGCCAGAACACAGAGACGUACAAUGCCACGGCGGCCGUUGCAGUGAACAGCGGAGGGCCCAACUUGACGUUUCAAUGUCGCCGGGCUCUCGUAGCUGCAACGACAGCAAAACUGUCGUUGCGCGCGAACUUCGCGACAGGCUUGUCUUUCGCGGCAGGAGCUAGUCGUGAAAUAUCGAACCGAACGCGGCUUGGAUUGAAUGUUCUGCUCGCGCGCACAGGCGUGACUCUACGUUUAGGUUUCACUCGUGGGAGUGUUCGCUUUGUCAUGCCCAUCUUCCUGUCUCCGUUCUCCGUGCAGUCAGCCUUUUCUACCUUUUGUGCAGCCACAUCGCCUCUUCUGGUGGCUGCCGUCGUCACGCAGCUUGUAAAGCCUGGACGGGAACGGCGGCGUCGUUUGGACCUGGAGCGGCGACAUGAUAUGCUCGUGCAGUAUCUUGCUGCAGCGCGGCAGAAUGCACUGGAGCAGCAGAAGCUGAUGCUUCGUUGUGCAAAAGAGAAGAUGGAACAAGAGAGGCAACGACGAGACGGCAGAGGGCUGGUGAUUAUGCUAGGUCGGUACGGCAAGGACCCGACGAGCCCUGAUCCACUUGAAUCUCAAGAAAAUGAUCUGGAUACGGCGUUUCAAGCGAUAGAGGAUCGCGAGAUGGAUUUAGAAGACGGCGUUGAAGCUGAAAGUGGCACCGGUGAACGCAUCACACAACAGGAAGUAGAUGAUGAUGUACUGGUGCAAAAAUGGAUCGACGUUUCGGUGCCUCUUCAGUUUUUCGUCAAGGAUGGAAAGCUUGCCUUAUCUUGCGCAUCGAAGGCCGGACUGCUUGGAUUUUACAAUCCAUGCAUUGGUGUAAACCAGACAAUCUCCGACGCACGCUCUCCAUCAAGCUCUGGUGUCAAACCGUCACUCUAUGUGCGAUACGCGUACGAUGGUCAGGUAUUCGAGGCUUCUUUUGAUGAUGACCAAUCGGUCAGUUUGCCAUCCCGGUACGCCCAGGCAAUGGGGGCUGUCGGGAGUGUCUACUAG